CUGCUGUCAUGGCAACCAUGUAUGACUGGCAGAAAACAGACUGCAGUCUCUGAGCUCCAGUCAACCUGGAACCUUUAGAGCAUGAACACACUCAUAUGAGCAGAUGAAGAGUUGUGAUAUUGAGACACCAGGGCAGCCACAAACUGUGAGGACCAUGAUACAGCAUUUAGCAUAUCAACCCUUGCUUCCCACCGGAAACAAAUAUCUGCAGCAGAAAUGGGACAAGGCUUCAUAUGAUUUACACAGGGGAAAGGUGAAGUCCGCUAAAUCAACAAUAAACACAACUCCACCAAAGACCUAUGGUCACCUGACUCUCAAGCUGAAGAAACUACAGCUUGAAGAGGAAUGGACAAUGAAGAUUCAGAGGGAAAACAAUAUGCUUAUAGAAAAAAUAUCACACAUCAUGAGGACAACUGGAGGAGUUGACAACAGGAAUUAUUAUGACAGAAAAAGCCUUGGCAAGGAGAAGCGACAGCUGGAGUUGCUCCGUAUUACCAAGGAGAAUCAAAUGAUCCUGUUCCGUCUGAGCCAGUGCAGGCCUCACUAUAAUGUGAGGAGCUGGCAUGAGGACUGGCUCAAAACUGUCAAGGUGAUGGACAGCAUUGCACAUUACCCACGAGGACAAGCAAAUCUGCAAAAGGGACAAGAAAAACCCAUCAAGAAGGGCAGUGAUUGUGAUAAAGAACAUAAGAUCAGCGCUGACCCAACCACACACAACCCUGCAAGCAACAAGGCCAAUGGCAAAGCAGAGUCUGAGAGGAAAGAAACCAGCAAGAAAGAAGGUACAGGAACAGAGAUAAAGCAGGACAGAGCGACAUACCCUGCACCUGAACCAGAUACAGCUGAGAAUGCUGGUUCUUCUGACACCAUUCAAAUUACAGCAGAUAAACCUAACACUGCUGAAACAUUUUCUUCUCCUGAUGGAUCAGAAGUGUCCAACACUCACACACCUAAAACACUUGAGUAGUAGACAGCAAGUCUUGCGGAGGGAUAAAAUGCAUUGUUCUAUUGAUUUUUGGUACUGGGUUAGUCUAAAACAGAGCAGUAGCAGUACUUUGUAUAGGCUGUAUAGGCUACUGAGAUAAAUAUAAGAACACCUCUGUGGAUGAUGUAAUAUACACAAACAGAACGAUAACGUCUGUAAUUUGUUUCUUUGAUGACAACAAAUAAAAUAAUAAAUAAAUGAAUCAAAUGUA